AUGAGCCACUCCGCUACUGAAAACGGUUCUAGCAUCGCGCUCGCUACGACCGCUGGUCGAGGGAAUCGGGAACUGUUGCAACAACCAGGAAAACCCGGUAUCGUAACGGAGCUCCAAGAAGAGCUGCGUAUUCAAGAACACAAUGGAGAGGAUUUGACCCAGCCCACGCGGAAAAAGUCGCUCUCCUUUAAACUUUCCUUUUCUGGACUUGCCCUGAUCCUUCUUGUAUUUCAAAUGGACGCAACGUGCCUAAGCAUUGCGCUUCCGACCAUCUCCAAAGAGCUUAAGGGUACGAGUCUGGAGUCCUUUUGGGCGAAUUUGGGCUACAGCCUUUGCGGUCUCGUCAUGCAGCCGGUUUGGGCCAGCGUCUCCGACGCUUUCGGCCGCAAGUACCCUCUUCAUGCAUCUGUGUGCCUCUUCUUCGUCGGUUCCAUUGUUUUUGCUACUGCGCAAAACAUGAUCACUGUCAGCGCCGGACGCGUCCUUCAAGGACUCGGCGGUGGAGGAAUUGACGUUUUGGCGUCUGUCGUCCUCGCGGACAUGACGAUGCUGGAGGAACGUUCGAAAUACCUGGGCCUGAUGGCCAUCCCGUCAGCAGUUGGCAACAUCAUGGGCCCCUUCGUCGGCGCACUUUUCUCUACCUAUGCCUCCUGGAGAUGGAUCGGUUGGAUUAACCUACCACUGUUGGGUGUCGGGACAAUGUUGUUGUUUUUCUUCCUCAGACUUCGGGCCGUUCCGCUCGGCGCGACGCUCACUAGCAAUCUGAAGCGACUUGACUGGAUCGGCAUGCCACUCGUCAUCGUCGGAAUAACUUCCUUCUGCGUACCGGUCAGCUGGGCGGGGUCUCUAUUCCCAUGGGCAUCCUGGCAAACUCUCCUCCCGUUGAUCCUGGGAGUUGCGAUGCUCGUCAUAUUUGCCUGGUACGAGUCCAAGCCCGCGGCACCCAUUAUUCCCCACCGACUCUUCCAAACAAAGACAGGAAACAUGGCCCUUGUAGGGGGCUUCAUCCACGGCAUGGUCCUCAUCUCCCUGCUGCAGUACUUGCCGCUGUUCUACCAAGCCGUCCAGCUCAAGACAGCAAUAUCGUCAGCCGUUUUCCUGCUGCCCACAGUCAUCGUAAGCGUGCUAGUCACAGCCAUCUCAAUGCUGAUGGUCCCGAUGUUCGGAGGAUAUGUAUGGCUUCUUCGGCUCUCAUGGGUCAUCACUGCGCUGGGGACCAGUUUACUGGCUCUUUUCGGCGUGGGGUCUUCGACAUCUAUACUGUACGGCCUUCCGAUUCUCUGGGGACAAGGAGUUUCGCUGCUACGCCUCCUCAUGCUUCCGGUCCAAGCAAGCGUCAAGUGUGUCGACGACGAGGGCUUAGCGACUGCGAACUUUCUUACAAUUCGCAUGUUUGGAGCCCUUGUCGGCCUCGCGAUCUGCUCGCCGAUCUUCAACAUUGUCUUCUCGAAUUCCGUUUCAGAGGGUGCAGUCGAGCUGGCGGGGCCGCUGGAGUCGCUAAAGGACGCCUCCAAUGCUGUGAGCUUCAUUGGCGAGUUGAGGUCGCUGGACGCCCCCGCUACAACGCUGGACCAGGUCUCGCGGGUCUACCUCGAAUCUUUCAAAGCCAUAUUCUACACGAUGGCCGGAAUGAGUGGAUUGGGCUUGGUGUCUUCCGUGUUCUUGAACGAGAUUGAGUUGAAGAGAAAGGACCGCGGGAACCGGCGCUUCGAAGAGACUUAG